AAUCCAUACAUGCUACAUUUAUAUAGACUUUGCAGGAACGGACUCGCCAGAUUUCGUCUGAUAAACGCCUUCAUUUAAACAGGCACGCACACACACCCAUCCCGUCUACUGCUUGGGUCUCGAACCAUCUGGAGGAUCCACGCCGUCCAGCUUCAACCCCGCCGGCGAGCUUCCUACGCCCUCCACUGGAAAUACCCCCGGUUGCACCCACCACCCACUUGCUGCCUACUUCCUCCAGCCUUACCCUGCUUUCUUCCCCCCGCCUCACUUUCAACUGCACACACUCCACCAACACGCUGCCAUGGCUACAUCGAACCGAAGCAGGCGCAUUGCCAAGGAGAUUGCCGAUAUCCAAAACGACCAGCACUCCAAAAUCAUUGUCGAGCCCGCAGGAAACGGCGAUGAUCUUACACAUCUGCGCGGCCAGUUCACAGGGCCACCCGAUACCCCAUACGAGGGCGCCACCUACUUUGUCGACAUCAAGAUCCCCAGCGAGUAUCCCUUCCGCCCGCCCGUCAUGAAGUUCGACACCAAGAUCUGGCACCCCAACGUCAGUUCACAGACGGGCGCCAUUUGUCUAGACACUCUAUCGUCGCAAUGGUCACCAGUCUUGACCAUCAAAUCCGCCCUCAUCUCGCUCCAAUCUCUCCUCAGCACACCCGAACCAAAGGAUCCUCAAGACGCAGAAGUCGCCGGCAUGCUCAUCCGGAACCCGGCCGAGUUUGAACACAAGGCCCGUGAGUGGGCGGUCAAGUAUGCCGGUGCGCCACAAAAAGAAAUCGCAGAAGGCAGCGGUGGUGCCACGGCUGCUUCGAUCAAGAAGAAGGCCCAACAGGCUAAGCAAAACGAAGAAAAGUCCAAACUGGCAGCAUACAGGGGCUACAACAAGGACUUAAUAGACCGCUUUGUGGCAAUGGGCUUCGACGUCGAGAUUGUCGUGGAAGCCUUUGAGUAUGUCGGCAUCGAUCGCAUGGGUGGUGAGGACUAUGAGCUGGAAGAGGCUUACAUGGGCGACAUCACUGCCCGCCUGUUUGGCGAAGCUUGAGCCCAUCAUAUAUUUUGCCUUCGUUUUCUUAUCAACAUGUUGCUGCACAACGGAUAAAGGCUUAUGCUUUGUGCUAGUAAAUGCCAAUACCAGCAUCCCAUCCACUGGUUCCUGGCAUGUGCGCUGAGGGUCCCAAGGCUAGAACUGUUCACCAUCCUAGACCGUCAUGGUUUUUGAAAUGGGUUAUGAGAAGCAGGCGUUUCUUUUUUUUCAUAUCAUGUUAUCUAACUUAUUUCAUCACUCACAAAGGCGUCACAUGACUGGUGUUAUGGCUAGGGCAGAGGACAUUCCAGGAUAAGUGGAUUUCUCAAUCAAUGAUCUUUCAAGAAAUUACUUCUGUUGACUUAUGAUUAUACAUUGUGAGAUUUCUU